CUGCAGAGACGUUUGCUCAGCUAAUAGAGCAGCUUGCUUGAUGCAGAGAAAAGCUGCUCUCGAUUCCUACUGUAUAUAUCAGGAUAGCCACAUCGGCGCUGAAUGGACGGUGGAAACAUAUCUCUGCUGUUCGCGGCGCCCUGGAAAAUGUGUAUCUUGAAGUUUAACUGUGAGGAUUUAUGUAAAUCUCUGAAGUGAAGGUGUUUUCUACAUACGGAUGGCAUUUUGCUCUUGUCUUUUGAUUUGGUUGCUUUAAGAAAUGGCCCUUUUGGAGCACAUCGCCAUAGAGAACAGUACACUGUGUAGAUUCGAGAGAUUUUAAUAGUGACUUGAAAUGGGAAAGCGAUGAUGAGUGAGAAGACACACUUACCCUGAUCCUUAGCUAACUGGGCAGGGCUGAUGUUCGACCUUAAAGGUGUUCAUGCUGCAUCGCAAGGGAAGAUCCACCGGCAGGUUUUUUAACUUGAGACAGGCUAGUUAACCUGAUUUACAAUGGAAAAACUGCUUUUUUAUCUGCUGUUAAUUGGUAUGACAGUGAAGGCCCAGGUCUGUCCCAAGCGUUGUAUCUGUCAGAAUCUGUCUCCAAACCUUGCAACUCUUUGUGCCAAAAAAGGACUUCUCUUUGUCCCAUCAAACAUUGACAGAAGGACAGUGGAGUUACGUUUAGGAGAUAAUUUCAUUACAAUCAUUAAAAGAAAAGACUUUGCUAACAUGACCAGCCUGGUUGACCUUACAUUGUCAAGGAAUACCAUAAAUUAUGUUGCACCACAAGCAUUUGCAGACCUGCGCAAUCUGCGGGCCUUACAUUUGAACAGCAACAGGCUAACCCAGAUCACAAAUGACAUAUUUAGUGGACUUUCAAACCUUCACCAUUUAGUAGUCAAUAACAAUCAACUAAUUGACAUUUCCUCCGAAGCUUUUAAUGAUAUUUUAUUGUCUCUUGAGGAGUUGGAUGUAUCCUAUAAUAAUUUAAAAUCUAUCCCCUGGGAAGCAGUUCAGAAGAUGGUCAACUUGCAUACAUUCAGCAUGGACCAUAACAUGAUUGAACAAAUUGAUGAGGGGACCUUCUCCCAUCUUCACAAGUUGACUCGAUUGGAUAUGACAUCCAAUAAAUUGCGGAAGCUGCCACCUGACCCUUUAUUUACUAGAGUUCAGAUACUAGCCAAUUCAGGACUCUUGAACCCACCAAGUUUUACAUUAAGUUUUGGAGGUAACCCCUUGCAUUGCAACUGUGAGUUACUCUGGCUGCGCCGUCUUUCAAGAGAUGAUGACCUGGAGACCUGUGCCUCACCUCCACAUCUAACGGGCCGAUACUUUUGGUCAAUUCCAGAAGAAGAAUUUAUCUGUGAUCAACCUCUGAUUACUCGCUAUACACAUGAACUCAGAGUUUUAGAAGGUCAACGUGCAACACUGAAGUGCAAAGCCAUUGGGGACCCAGACCCUUCUAUCCACUGGACCUCACCUGAAGGCAAGCUCAUUUCAAAUUCGUCGCGGACAGCUUUAUAUAAUAAUGGAACCUUAGACAUCCUCAUAACUACUGUCAAAGAUACAGGUACUUUCACCUGCAUUGCUUCAAAUGCUGCUGGAGAUACCACUGCAGUGGUGGAACUUCAUAUAAUCAAACUCCCGCAUUUAGUCAACAGUACAAAUCACAUUCAUGAGCCUGAUCCUGGCUCUUCAGACAUUUCUACAUCUACUAAGUCUGGUUCAAACACCAGUAAUAGUGUUAGUGACACUAAGACCAAACCAGAAAAGAGGGUGGCAGUUGCUGAAACCUCAUCGUCAUCUGCACUUAUUAAAUUUAAUUUGCAACAUAAUAUCCCUGGUAUUCGUAUGUUCCAGAUUCAGUAUAAUGGUUCUUAUGAUGACUCCCUUGUUUACAGAAUGAUUCCUUCCACAAGCAAAAGUUUCCUUGUUACUAACCUGGCUGCAGGAACACAAUAUGACUUAUGUGUCUUAGCAAUCUACGAUGACGGUAUCACCUCUCUCACAGCUACCAGGGUUGUUGGCUGCAUACAAUUUACCACACACCAGGAUUAUGUUCGCUGCCAUUUUAUGCCAUCUCAGUUUCUGGGAGGAACCAUGAUAAUUAUAAUCGGUGGAAUUAUUGUGGCCUCUGUCUUGGUCUUCAUUAUCAUACUAAUGAUUAGAUACAAGGUGUGCAACAAUAAUGACCCACACAAGAUGACUAAGGUCAGCAAUGUCUAUUCUCAGACAAAUGGAGCUCAUUUACAAAUGUGUAGUGGAAUAUUAGCCCACUCAAAUUCUAAAGUAAUCAUGGGGCAUGAAGACAACACACAAUAUCAUAAAGAUCCCAAACCACAACCAUCAGAUUCUGCCGUGAGCCAGGACUGUGCUACCACUACCUCCAUCGUGCCACCUGACUGGACUUCGGGUGUUACUGCAUCUCAAAAGCUGAAAAGAAAGGCUGGGCCAAAGUCAAGUGUCGAAAAACCAAUGGAAGCUUUCACCAAUGUCGAGUCAUCCAAAAAGAAAAGGGAAAAUACUGCAAUUAUACAGAAGCCCUCUUGUGCUCCAAUUUCUCUGAAAGAGACUCCCACUUUUAGACGAGCACAAUCAAAGUCCAUUAAAUAUCUUACUCUGCCAACAGAAACGAGCAGAGCUAAGAGGAGAUACUCACUCAAUGGAGAUUUAUCAGAGUAUCAUUGCUAUACUCAUUCACAAAAGAUUAGCAGCCUGUGGUCAAAAAGGAGCAUGUCAAUGAAUGGGAUGUUAUUACAGUUAGAAAACUCUGAUGCUGAUAGUGGGAAAGCCACUUUUUCAAGUUCUGAGUGGAUAAUGGAAAGCACUGUGUGACAUUUUAACUAUUUUAGUGAAGAAAUACUGCCUUGUAACAGUUUGGGAAUUCUAUGCUUGUCUUUCUGUUUGAUGGCAUUUCCAGCAAGGUGGUAAUGGAACUGGCUCAUGCACGCAAUUCUUCGAUAGAAAUCAACAGGCAGCACCGAAAGACAUGAAGGUAAAGCACGAUUUAGCACCAAUGCCUUAUCCUGCUUUAGGAUUGGCUUUCUGGUUCUGGAGUAUGGGGAUAAUUAAGUGAAAUUGUUUCACAGAAGCCUUUGACCAAGGAAAUAUGGUUUCCUGCAUCUUAAAAGAAAAAAAGCCUAUUUAUGGACUACUUAAUAAAUUGAUAUUUUUUAAAAAUUGAGCUGUAAUUUUCUUUUCAGUGACAAUGGUAAAUGCCUUUUGUUUUCAGGCAAAUGCUGUACAGAUAAAACAACUUUGUGUUGUUAUGUUGUGUACAAUAAAGAAUUAAAUAAGUAUACUCGGCCAGUGUUAGUACAAUGAAUAGCUGUUAUAUGUGCAAUUAGGCAGGGCCUGAAAAUUGUGGUUGCCCAGCCAAGACUGGUAGAGGUACUCCAUACUGCCAGCUAAGUAAUCUAAAAUGAUUGAACUUCCAUAAUAAAGGUGCCAGUCCUGUAUCAGAAAAAGUAAUGGUUGUGGUAAUGUAAUCUUCGCAUUUAAAUCAAGUAUUCAUAGUCUGACUACCACUCAAAGGAGCCAUUAAAUGAAAAUAUUGCCACUCAAAGGAGCUGCAUUAAGGCCUGCUACUGAAGUGCUUUCAACUGGUUCAAAUGAUAUUUUUGUGAAAAUAUCCUAACACAAGAAUACAUAAGGAAAAUGGUAUACACUAGGAUGUGCAAAGAAUCUGAAAAACUGAUUUAUUUAAUCUAAUACCAGGCCAAGCAUUAAAAUGGAAAGACAUUAUAUAAAAGCACAUUCCUAUACUGUGAUGUUUGAAGAACCCAACUGCUAAAAUCAUUAUUUACCUGGUAGAAAUGAACAAAUAGACAGCAUUUCAGAUUAAUUGGCUGGUGUGGUCUGAGCUAAAACCCAGCCAAACUCAGUCACAGUUUUGAGCCAUUUAACUAUUGGGAUAAAUUCAAUAGUGUUAUUGGAAAUUCUGUGCCAAGAUUUUUCUCAAGCGUGGGACUGUAUUUCUUGUCAAAGAAUGCGAUUAUCCAUUUUUCAAGAAAUCCAAAAUCUGAAGCAAGCUGAUAAAAUCCUGGCUGUGCCCCAGAUCACAUCUAACCAACCCAGUUAGUGAAGGUUUGACUUGUGUUGUGCUCACUCCUAUUAUCUGGUAAACAUUUUUAGACUCCUUUUAACAUAUGCAAUUUGUAAAAACAGUGAAGCACACAUUGCAUCAUGGCUUGACCUAACCUGAUGGAAAUACUUAAGACACUCAAUCCAUCCAAGGACUUUACAAGGAGUGUUUUCUGAAACCUAGCAGCAGAGUAACAAUGAAUCUGGUUUUAUUUUAUCAGGAAGGUUUACCCAGACCUGUCAAAUUCACUCAUUUCAAUAAAAAAAGUAUAACCUGUUUCUAUGUGUUUCGCUCUUUGAAAAUAAAGUUUAGAUAUUUAAA